GGACAAAGUGUUUGUUGCGGGCUCUCCGCGACAGAGCGGAGGGCGUGUGGAUCUUGCUGGGGACAGGCCAGUGGACAGGACAGAGGACAGGAAGGAAGGGCCAUCGGGGAGGCCCAGCCCCAGGAGCUCCUCACUGGCAGGACUCGAAACUGGUGAAGUUUGGGGAGCUUAUUGAUCUCCCGUCGUUCUAUUGAGAAACAACCAGCUCUAUUUCCAUGGAGACCAAGGACUCUGACCACUUGGAAAAGCCCCAGAAAAAAUCAGCGGAUGGCCUCUGGGAACUUGCUAAUGAACCAGCCAAGGUGAGACCUGAGUUACUCUCAGAAGAAGAGAAAAUGCCCCAGGCCGACCUGAUCCAAGACAAAGAACCCCGUUACUACAACCGAAUUCAGAGAAACUCCAUCUUCAAUCGCACUGUGAGACGCAGAAGCAAAGGCAAAGCCAGAGACACUCCCGAGUCAAACGCUGGGCACCUGGAAGAUUCACCGGAAAAUGGAAAAUCUGUAAAAGAGCUCCCGGCCUUGAAUUUCUCGCAGAGCAGAACGCCCCUUUGGCCAAUAGAAACUCAGAGGGACCCAGGAGCCAAGAGAACGAGUGAGUCACCCUCCACCCCGGGAAAUGGGGCCACGCCCGAGGAGUGCCCAGCGCUGGCCGACAGCCCCACCACACUCACGGAGGCCCUGCAGAUGAUCCACCCCAUUCCCGCCGACUCCUGGAGGAACCUCAUCGAACAAAUAGGGCUCCUAUAUCAGGAAUACCGAGAUAAAUCAACUCUCCAGGAAAUUGAAACCAGAAGGCAACAGGAUGCAGAAAUACAAGCUGAUGACCUCCGCUCCCCAUCCAGCGAGGAGACACCUGAGGAGGAGGAAGAGGAGGAGCAGGAGGAGCUGGCAAGCCCACCUGAGAGGAGGGCUCUGCCCCAGAUCUGCCUGCUCAGCAACCCGCACUCCAGGUUUAACCUCUGGCAAGACCUCCCGGAGAUUCAGAGCAGCGGGGUGCUGGACAUCCUCCAGCCGGAAGAGAUUAAACUGCAGGAGGCCAUGUUCGAGCUGGUCACCUCUGAAGCCUCCUACUACAAAAGCCUGAACCUGCUCGUGUCCCACUUCAUGGAGAACGAGCGGCUGAAGAAGAUCCUGCACCCGUCUGAGGCACACAUCCUCUUCUCCAACGUCCUGGAUGUCAUGGCCGUCAGCCAACGGUUCCUCCUGGAGCUGGAGCGCCGGAUGGAGGAGAACAUUGUCAUCUCGGACGUGUGUGACAUCGUGUACCAUUAUGCGGCCAACCACUUCUCGGUCUACAUCACCUACGUCAGCAACCAGACCUACCAGGAGAGGACCUACAAGCAGCUGCUCCAGGAGAAGGCGGCCUUUCGGGAACUGAUCGCGCAGCUGGAGCUCGACCCCAAGUGCAGGGGACUGCCUCUCUCCUCCUUCCUCAUCCUGCCUUUCCAGAGGAUCACACGCCUCAAGCUUCUGGUGCAGAACAUCCUGAAGAGGGUGGAGGAGAGGUCUGAGCCUGAAUGCACUGCCUUGGGCGCCCACAAGGAACUGGAACUGGUGGUAAAAGCAUGCAACGAGGGCGUCAGGAAAAUGAGCCGCACGGAGCAGAUGAUCAGCAUUCAGAAGAAGAUGGAGUUUAAGAUCAAGUCGGUGCCCAUCAUCUCCCACUCCCGCUGGCUGCUGAAGCAGGGAGAGCUGCAGCAGAUGUCAGGCCCCAAGACCUCCCGAACCCUGCGGACUAAGAAACUCUUCCAGGAAAUUUACCUCUUCCUCUUCAACGACCUGCUGGUGAUCUGCCGGCAGAUCCCUGGAGACAAGUACCAGGUGUUUGACUCGGCCCCUCGAGGCCUGCUCCGCGUGGAGGAGCUCGAGGACCAGGGCCAGACGCUGGCCAACGUGUUCAUUCUGCGGCUGCUCGAGAACGCAGACGACCGGGAGGCCACCUACAUGCUGAAGGCGUCCUCUCAGAGUGAGAUGAAGCGCUGGAUGACCUCUCUGGCCCCCAACCGGAGAACGAAGUUUGUUUCCUUCACGUCCCGGCUGCUGGACUGCCCCCAGGUCCAGUGCGUGCACCCGUACGUGGCCCAGCAGCCAGACGAGCUGACACUGGAGCUGGCAGACAUCCUUAACAUCCUGGACAAGACGGAAGACGAGGGGGUGGAAGGGGACUGGCAUGCUCCAGGGGCCUCCCCCCAGCACUGGAAGAACCCCAGACCCAGGGUGUCCCUGGCCCAGGGCAGGUGCAAAGGUGAUGAUUGUCACGAACCCCUGCACGUGUCCUUCUCUACCCUGGAAGCCAUUAGAAUCCACCAGGCAUGCAGAUGGACUGCCCUUGCCUGAUGAGCUUGAUGAGCGGCCCUGGGUCUCCAAUUUACAAGACUAAGAGACCAACUGCCUCUGUCUGCCUCUUCCAGCCUCUGGCUGCACGGCCAGACCCUGCCUCGUGGCAGGCCUACCAGAGCUUGGCAGAGGGCCCGUGCCGCCUCCGGCUCCCUGAUGGGCUGGAUGUAACAUGUCUUCUGGCCCCUUAAGGAGCCCAGGUAUUGUAAGGAAUGAACUAGUCACUGCAUCCUGAUCAGUUGUGGUUCCAAGAAAAGCAAAUACCAUGUUUUGGCUGCAUUAAAAGAAGCAUCAUGUAUAAAAUAAAGAAGGUGAAGUUCUUUUU